GAGAGAGAAGAGUCGGAGCCGGUGGAGUUUUGAGAGAGAGACAAGACAAGAGAUACGGACAGGAGCGGCCUCUCGAUGCGCUGGAGCUCAGACACACACUCACAUGUACACACACACCCACACACACGUUCUGCCCGAACUCUAAUCUCGAUUUCGGGAAGUUUUACACCUCGGAGGCGCAGUUGUAUUUUUUCUCCAGAAACCACGGGCACUACGGGCCUGCGCUCCGUUUUUAAAGUGGACCUAACACCGCCUUACUUUCUGGACAUGGGAGACAUGGGGGACCCACCAAAAAAGAAACGCCUGGUCUCUUUGUGCGUGGGCUGCGGGAAUCAGAUCCACGACCAGUACAUCCUGCGCGUGGCGCCCGACCUCGAGUGGCACGCGGCAUGUCUCAAAUGCGCGGAGUGUAACCAGUAUCUGGACGAGUCAUGCACUUGCUUUGUCCGGGACGGCAAAACGUACUGUAAACGUGACUACAUCAGACUCUACGGAAUCAAAUGCGCGAAAUGCAACAUCGGUUUCAGCAAGAACGACUUUGUGAUGCGCGCUCGCGCUAAGGUGUAUCACGUGGAGUGUUUCCGGUGCGUGGCGUGCAGCAGGCAGUUGAUCCCGGGCGAUGAGUUCGCUCUACGUGAGGACGGCCUAUUCUGCCGAGCCGAUCACGACGUGGUGGAGAGAGCCAGCAUGGCGCCUGGGGAGCCGCUCAGUCCCCUGCACCCGGCCCGUCCCUUACAGAUGGCAGAGCCAAUCUCGGCGCGCCAGCCUGCGUUGCGCCCGCACGUGCACAAACAGCCCGAGAAAACGACGCGCGUGCGCACGGUGCUGAACGAGAAGCAGCUGCACACUUUGCGCACGUGCUACAACGCGAACCCGCGGCCCGACGCGCUCAUGAAGGAGCAGCUCGUGGAGAUGACGGGCCUGAGCCCGCGGGUCAUCCGUGUCUGGUUUCAGAACAAGCGCUGCAAAGACAAGAAGCGCAGUUUGCUGAUGAAGCAGCUCCAGCAGCAGCAAACCAACGACAAGACGAACAUCCAAGGAAUGACGGGAACUCCAAUGGUGGCCACCAGUCCAGAGAGGCACGACGGCGGAUUACAGGCAAACCCUGUGGAAGUGCAGACUUAUCAGCCACCCUGGAAGGUCCUUAGCGAUUUUGCACUGCAGAGCGACAUCGACCAACCGGCUUUUCAGCAACUGGUGAAUUUUUCUGAAGGAGGACCAGGAUCGAAUUCAACAGGAAGUGAAGUAGCAUCCAUGUCCUCGCAACUGCCAGAUACACCAAACAGUAUGGUGGCCAGUCCCAUCGAAGCUUAGACGAUUCGGAUUAAUCUUCCUUUCCAGAAUCAGAGGAAAAUGAGCGUCGUCGAGUCCCUGUUUCACCGAGGCUACACCCCCGAAUAACACCGACAGACCUCCAAUUCCGUUGGGCUUCUCUAUCCAAACAAGCCCUUGGUCGCGUUUAUACACUGUGAUGACAAUCGUGGGAACGAAAGGCGCUCUAGCGAAAAGACACUUCACGAGAAGACAAGCGUUACCGGAAAACGCUAGCAUCCGGCGGAAGUAGACCUACACCGGGUCCAAAAUGUCAAAAUGUACUUUUCUCCGACUUUUAGGCCUACACUACGCAGGAACUGGUGGAACUGGUCGGCUAUAUUCUUUUGCCAAACAACCCGAGGCGUUUUUUUACAUUUUUUUUUUUUUUUUUUCUUUUUUUUUUUUUUUUUUUUGGACAAAUCAGCCUCAUAGGAAGAUGAGACCUAAGAGGACUCUAAAUCCGUACAGCGCAGCAUGAGCGGCCCAAACAAACUGCUGACUCGUCAACCGGUUUCCCUAAAACAACUGAGAUUUAUUCACUGAACACUGAAAGUGUGAGGACGGCCUGGAAGCCGAGUCUAACCGCUUUUAUUGUUAUAUGGUAUAAUAAAAAGCCCAAGUAGGCUACUAAAGCAUUGCAACAAGGUAUACCUCUAUUCGACCACAAGCUGCGUGGGAAUUUUACGUGUAUGUGUCCGUCCGAGAUUAUUAUUAUUAUUAUUAUUAUUAUUAUUAUUAUUAUUAUUAUUAUUAUUAUUAUUUCCCAAAGAUGUGUAUAGUUUUAAGUUAAUAUGUCGGGUCAUACAGCGGAGAUCUUUUUAUUUGUUUGUUUGUUCCAAUAUUACAAAAAUAAUUUAUUAUUUAUUGUCCUACGACCUGCCACUUUUGUGUAUCUUUAAUUGCUGAAGUAAAAAAGAGGAAAACUA